AUGUCAGAAGAACUGGACGAUGAAGUCCUCUCAAUCAACUCAAUCUAUGGCGACAGUACCUUGACGGCAUCUUCAGACGGUCCACUUAUCCACAUUCUUGUGCUACCGACUCAGAAAGACAUCUCAAUACGAGUAAACUUUGCAGUAGACUAUCCCGAAUCGCCGCCUUCGAUUCUUGGUACCCAUCAUGUCGGCGACAAUGUGGCGAAAGGCACCGGCAGCGACCUCGUUGAUCUCGUGCGAGAAGUGCUGGCUGAAGUUUACAUUCCCGGCUCACCAUGCAUCUUCGACCUUAUCGAGGAAGCGGGCCAGAGACUUCAGCAGCUCGAUCUGGGCAGCAGCGAGCCAGAGGACGAGAGGCCACAUGAUGCUCAGAGGGAUGGUCAGCUGUCUACUUUGAAUAGGAUCUCGAACGAAGUGCCUGACGUAUCACAGUCGAUGGACAACUUUGGCGAACCACCACCUUGGACUUCUUCGGACGUCGUGACAGAGAAGAAAUCCAUCUUCAUCGCCCGUGCCGUAGCCGUGUCCUCAGUAGGCGAAGCAAAACAAUUCCUCGCUCAUCUGCUAUCAACCAACAAGAAAGUCGCAAAGGCAACUCACAACAUCACUGCCUGGCGUGUCCAAGGCCAGAACGACGUAAAAUACCAGGACUGCGAUGACGAUGGCGAGACAGCUGCAGGAAGCCGGCUGUUACAUCUACUGGAGCUCAUGAAUGCCUGGAACGUCAUGGUAGUAGUCACGAGAUGGUAUGGUGGUGUUCAGCUUGGGCCUGAUAGGUUCAGGAUUAUCAAUCAGACGGCUCGCGAAGCUGUGAUCAAAGGUGAGCUUGUUGAAGAGGUUGGCGGUAAGGAUGGGUCGAAGAAGAAGGGCAAGAGGUGA